AUGUGUGAUAUGAGUCUAUGGAAUCAAUCUCAACAUUUUUUUGAAAUUUUAUUAAACAACUCCCAUAUCGAUAAUGAAGAUAUUCCAAUGAUUGAAUGUAGUCUUGGUGAAGUACUUCAAUGGAAAGGAGAAUGGAGUAAAGCACGACAAUAUUAUGAUCAGAUUAUGAAUGUGAAAACAACACAAAUUAAGGAUUUAGCUUAUAUAUUGUUUAAUAUAGGUGAGAUUCUCUAUCUCGAAGGACAGUUCAAAGAAGCUCAGAAUUAUUAUGAACGAGCAUUGAAGCUAUGUCAAGAAAAUGAUUUUUCUGAAGCAGUCAAUAGAUCUUCUUCACUUGGUUAUGAACUUAAUAGUGAACUGAGUCGUGAUCUUGCAUCAUUCCCAGCCAUUUCACUGGAUUCUGACGAAUUUCUUAAACUGCGCUCUCGACAGUUUUUGAUUCCAAAGUUCCGAAGAACUUCGUGCCAGUACCCAUCGACGUAUGCGGCAAUAAACACGGAACUCGUUAGUGAAAUGUGUCAAAACAUACAUGACGUUGUCUGGUUGCAAGUCGAUAACAUUAAUCCAAGUGGUCGUAUCCUCAUGGCUAGUUGUCUCCGUAGCUUUGGUAGGAUCUUGUAUCGACAAGAAAAAUAUGACGAGGCGCUUAUGUUUCAUCAACAAGCAUUGGCAAUAUUCGAAGAACAUUAUCAAUUUCAACAUAUUGAUAUCGCUCUUAGUCUUCUUUGUAUUGGUCAGGCAUUAACACUUCAAAGGAUUUUGGAUAAAGCUCUUGAUUUCUGUCAACGAGCUAUGUCAAUCUAUACAAGAUAUUAUCCAGAUGGUCAUGUAUACAUCGCUUGGUGCCUUCAUGAUAUUGGUUACAUUCUCGUCCUCGAAGGCAAAUAUGAUGAAGCUCUGAAGAUAUAUGAACGAGCAUAUGCAAUAUUACAAAUAUAUUAUCCAUCUGGUCAUGUCGAUAUAGCUGAGAGUCUAUGUGGAUUUGGGCAUGUUUAUUAUGGUCAGGGAAAGUACGAUCAAUCUCUAGAAUUUUAUCAGCAAACGUUCAAAACUUUGCAAAAAUAUUGUUUCUGUGGUCAUGAUGACAUUAUUUGUAUCCUAAACAACAUUGGCUUUUUACAAAAAGAACAUGGAAAAUACGAUGAAGGACUUAGUUUUCACCAACAAGCAUUAGAGAUGCAAGAGAAAUAUUAUCCAUAUAAUUAUUCAAAAAUCUCCUACACUCUCAAUUGCAUCGGUAAUAUAUACGCUUGUCAAUUGAAAUAUGACGAAGCUCUACACUAUUAUCAACGAGCGUUAGAUAUGCAAAAAAACUAUUAUCCUUCUGGUAAUUCAUCAAUGGCUUUGAGUCUCGGCAACAUUGGUAGUCUACUAUGUGAGCAAGAGAAAUAUAAUGAGGCUAUUGAUUUUCAUCAACAAGCACUCGAUACUAUCAAAAAACACAGUCCAUUUGAUCAUAGUUCUAUUUCUUUUUCUAUGAACAACAUUGGCAGUACAUUAUCCAAGCAAGAAAAGUAUGAUGAAGCUCGUGAAUAUCAUCAGCGAGCACUCGAAAUACAAGAAAAAUAUUGUUCAUCAGACAAAAUGAUCAUAGCUAAUACCAUCAAUCAUAUCGGUCAUGUUUCAUACAAUGAAAGAAAGUAUGAUACAGCCAUUGACUAUUAUCGGCGUGCACUUUUAAUGCAAGAAAAUUUCUAUCCUGAUGGUCACAUCGAAAUUUCUCAUACUCUCAAGUUUAUUGGUAGCAUUCUAUGUAUACAGAAGAAUUACGAUGAAGCUUUUCAAGUUCAUCAGAAAGCUUUAGCUAUUCAAGAAAAACAUCAUAAAUCUCCUCAUGUCGACAUUGCAAAUAGCCUGUACUCCAUUGCUAAUGUUCUAUAUAACCAAGAAAAAUAUGAUGAAGCUAUUGAGUUCUAUCAACGUUCAUUAGUUAUUCAAGAGAAAUUGUCUCCAUUGAAUUAUACUGACAUCGUACACACUUUAACCAAUAUAGUUCGUAUCCUAUAUGUACAAAGAAAGGAUGAUGAAGCUCUUGAUUUUUGCAAUCGAAUACUAACAUUUUACAAGCAAGAUUCAUCCAAUUAUUUGAAUAUUGUUCCUUGUCUAAACAACAUAAUUGAAAUUUUAAAAGAACAUGGAAAGUAUGAUGAAGCUGUCAAUUUUCAACAACAAGAAUUGACAAUUCAUAAAAGUAAUUCAUCUAUUGAUCAACUUCAAAUUGCUAUUACUCUUAAGAAAAUUGGUGUUCUUCUAUUUCAACAAGCAAAAUAUGAUGAAUCUCUCGAUUAUUGUCAACAAGCAUUAAUCAUAUUAGAAGAAUAUUACCCAAAUGAUUAUAAUGAAAUUGGUACAUGUCUAUCUUGGAUCGUAGCCAACUUAUAUCAGAUGUUGCAGUACGAUCUGACUAUUGAAUAUUUGGAACGAUGGUUGUUAAUUGAAGAAGCUAAUGUACCAUCAAAAGAUCUGUCUAUCAUUAACGUAUUUAUGUGGUUGUCAAUAGUACACAGAAGUAGAGAACAUUAUGAACUCUCUCUUCUCUAUGAACAGAAUUGUUUCUUAAUGCGUCUUAAAAUUUUACCACCAUAUCAUGAAGACAUUGGCAAUAGUUUAUCAACCAUAGGUGAGAUUUACGAAAAUCUUCAUAUACCUACAUUGGCACUUGAUUACUAUCAACAAGCAUUAGUUAUCUACAGAAUAUGCUUGCCUUCUUUGCAUGAUAAUCUAACGAAGAUGGAAUCAAAUAUUGAACGACUUGCAGAAGAACUUGAAAUAUCACUUGAUUAA